AUGGAGGAGGAGAUGCAGCCGGCGGAGGAGGGGCCCAGCACCCCCAAAAUCUACAAGCAGCGGGGUCCCUACAGCGUCCUGAAGACCUUCCCCGGGAAGCGGGCGGCGCUGGCCAAGCGCUAUGAGAGACCCACCAUGGUGGAGGUGCCCCGCGGGCGCGGAGCGGGGCAGCCCUUCCCGCACGCCGCCGAGCCGCUGCCCUACGCUCCGCACGGCCCCUUCCCCAACGGGCCCGCCCGCCCCGGCGCUGCCCCCGGCGCUGCCCAGGGCCACCCCCGGCCGCCGCCGCCGGCCCCGAGCUCCUCGGGCCGCUACGGCCCCUGCCCGGCGGUGGCGGGGGGCGGCGGCGCGGAGCUGAGCGCAGAGAGUCGAAUGAUUCUGGAUGCCUUUGCUCAACAAUGCAGCCGAGUUCUAAGUCUCUUAAAUUGUGGUGGAAAACUACUGGACAACAAUCACUCUCAGUCCAUGAUUUCUUGUAUAAAGCAGGAAAACCCAAAUUAUAGUGAAAGACAAGAGCAAUGUCAGCUCGGGAAAAUGGUCCAUAGUCAGACAUCAGACAUUUUAGACAUAGAGAUGCAGUAUAUGCAAAAGAAACAACAAACCUCAGCCUUUCUGAGAGUUUUUACUGAUUCCCUUCAGAACUAUUUGCUUUCUGGGAGCUUCCCUUCUCAGAACACCUCAUCAAUAAAUGAUUUUAGCCAUUUGGCAGAUGUGGAUCCACUUUCAGCCUCUCCAGUACACACUUUAGGUGGAUGGACAUCUCCAGCAACAUCGGAAUCUCAUGGUCAUCCAUCAUCUUCUACACUUCCAGAGGAGGAAGAGGAGGAAGAGGAAGAAGGUUACUGCCCUCGGUGUCAAGAGCUAGAGCAGGAGGUAAUUUCAUUGCAACAAGAAAAUGAAGAGCUUCGUAGAAAGUUGGAGAGCAUUCCAGUGCCCUGCCAGACGGUUUUAGAUUAUUUGAAGACUGUACUUCAGCAUCACAACCAGCUUAUGGUACCACAGCCAACAGACCAUCCAACCGAGGGGAGUAAGCAGUUGCUGAACAACUAUCCUGUCUACAUUACUAGUAAACAGUGGGAUGAGGCUGUAAAUUCUUCCAAGAAAGAUGGACGACGGCUCCUUCGCUAUCUCAUCAGAUUUGUUUUCACAACCGAUGAGCUUAAGUACUCAUGCGGCCUUGGAAAAAGGAAAAGGUCAGUGCAGUCAGGAGAGACAGGUCCUGAAAGACGUCCUCUGGAUCCAGUUAAAGUAACAUGUCUCAGAGAGUUCAUUAGGAUGCACUGUACCUCCAACCCGGACUGGUGGAUGCCAUCUGAGGAGCAGAUAAACAAGGUGUUCAGUGACGCGGUGGGACACGCGCGCCAGGGCCGCGCCGUGGGGACUUUCCUUCACAAUGGCAACUCCUAUUACGAAGGGACUGACCACCCGGGAUCACAGGACGAGGUCUUCAAUAGAGGUAUGCAAGAUGGAUCUGGAGAUUGAUGGCAGUGAGAGCCACAUCACACAACAGUAGCAACCACUUAAUUUAGGAGAGACUGUUAAACAUACUUAGCCCUGCAGUCAUUUAGCAGUCCAAAGCAUGUUUGAACACAUACCACAUACAUUUCAGCUUCUCCAUCCUACCAUAUCCCAGUUAACAGAAAGAAAUCCAUUUCAAGACCUGCUUUAUGGGACUUCUCAGUGCCUAUUAUUUCCAAACCCUUCAUAGCACACUCAAAGGGAACGUGCAGUUCAUUUCAUCCAGUUGUAGAGGAAAGGUCAUUUAAAAACUAUAAAAAUGUCAA